AUGCUUAAACUUACAAGAGACUUGGACGCCCCGAGCAAGAAUGUCAUGCCAAUUAUCCCAGUUGAUUUACUUCCUGAUAUUUUUCAAAAUUUCAAUAAUGAUCGUCAAGCUAUAUAUAAUUGCGUUUUCGUGAAUCGCACAUUUUGUCGAGUAGCUAUACGCUUUUUGUGGCAAGAUCCAUUUGGAAUAAAAAAAUCUACUUGGCCAUUUACAAACGGUCGAGCAGCCGCAAACAUAAUUUCACUUUAUUUGGCAUGUCUCAACUACCAAGACGGAAGGAAUUUUUUGUCAACAAUCAAAAUACCACAUCAAAGACCAACAUUUAACUAUCCGCAAUUCUUGAGAUAUUUCGACGAACAGCGUCUUUACAUUUACAUUCGAUCCGGACAAUCAUACAAUAAUAAUUUAGGUGAACUAGCCGAAGCAUACAACAUACAUUCAGCCAUUAAGAAGCUGGUAUUGAGGGAAUCACAAGCACUUCAUUAUCUACUUUUUGAAACUUAUAUUUUUGAAAAGAUGCCUUGUAAUCUUACAAAUCUAAGACAUAUUCAAUUUAAUACUCCUUCUGAUGUAGAAAAUGUUGCGAAUUUAAUACGCCAUCAGCUCUUUUUAGAAUCUUUUAUAAUUUCUUCAUUAGUUGCAGGCUUAAACACAUUGUUUGAUGCCCUUGCAACUCAAAUUCGUACCCUCAAACAUCUUGAAUUUAUUCAGUGUGAUUUUAGUCGUUUUGAUUGGGCGAACCAUGCUCAAGUCUUGGAGGGCGUUAAUAAAUUAGUUUUGGAGGGAUGUACGAAUCUACCUCCAUCAAUGAUUGAGAAUUUAUCUAUUUUCAAAGAAAAACAAAAUUGUGGGAAUGUUUGGAUAUCUUCGCGAAACAUUUAA